AUGCUAAGACAAGUAUUUAGAACUCGAAAACGGAGAGUCGGAUGCAAUUGUAAAAUAGAUAACGAGAGCAACAGUCUGAAGAUGGUCAGUAUAUGGGCAAAUUACAUAUCGAUUCAGCAUCAAAUGGCACCUUGGAAUAGCGUGCUAGCACCUCGAUGCUUCAAGACUGAACAACAACAUUCAUAA